AGCAAAAAACUGCCAGUUCAGGAGGUUAGCCACUCCGAUGUCUGUCACCCACAGAUCACAGAGUAACCUCUGUGAUCUGUGCUGUCAGCUACAGCGGUUUAGAAAAGGUUCAAAAGUAAACAAACCCAAACACUUCAAGAGUUUUGAAAGAAUCCGAUGUUUUUACCGCAAAAUUCUUCGCUUUUCUAAUGGAGCAAACUGUAGUAGUUGAGGCGCAACCUGAGCACCUGCCCACAGCGGCGGAUAGCACCGAAAUCCGGCCAAUUAAUACCGAAACAGUGCACCGGAUAUGUGCCGGGCAAGUAGUGCUCAGCCUGGCCAUUGCCAUGAAAGAGCUGGUGGAGAAUGCAAUAGACGCUGGGGCCACGAUCAUCGACAUCCACCUGAAGGAAUACGGCAGCGAGCUGCUGGAGGUGGCGGACAAUGGUAAUGGGGUACACAGAAGCAACUUUCCAGGCCUGGCGCUGAAGCACUGCACCUCCAAGUUGAGCGAUUUUGACGAUCUGGAGCGCCUCGGCACUCUGGGCUUCAGGGGCGAAGCCCUUAGUUCGCUCUGCGCGCUUGCUGAUGUGGAAAUCACCACCAAACAUGGUGCUGCAGACUCAGCUGCUCGCUUAAGUUAUGACCACGGAGGUAACAUCGUCAGCGAAGAAGUGGCCGCAAGGCAGCGGGGAACCACAGUGAGUUUGAGGAACAUUUUUGCCCCGCUGCCAGUGAGGCGAAAGGAAUUCACAAAGAAUCUGAAAAGAGAGUUUAGCAAAAUGUGCAACCUGCUCUACGCCUACUGCCUGCUCCCGAACGGAAUCAAAUACUCCUGCUCGAACACCACAGCCAAAGGCGCCAAAAGCUCGUUAGUGGCCACAGAGGGACAUAAAACAGUGCGGGAAAACGUUAUCAGUGUGUUUGGGUUGAAGCAACUGGCUUCACUACUAGACGUGCCCCUGGCGUUGCCCGGCCCGCCCAUUCUGGAGGAAUAUGGGGUGAAUUGGGCUCCGGGAGACAAGUUGCCCUUCAGCUUCGACUUCCUGGUUUCCAGCGCCCUGCACGGGAGCGGGCGCAGCUCUGCCGACCAUCAAUUCUUCUACAUCAACCACCGCCCGUGUGAGCCAUCAAAAAUCAUCAAGCUGGUCAACGAGCUCUAUAGACAGUUCAACAACAAGCAAUACCCCUUUGUUUUCUUGGACAUUGCAACCACAUCUUGUAUGGUGGAUGUGAACAUUACCCCCGAUAAAAGGCAAGUGUUUUUGGAGAAGGAAAAACUGCUGCUGGCCACUGUUAAGGCCUCAUUGUUGGAAGCGUUCAAAGAGCUGCCUGCCACCUUGGUGACUAAUACUUUGGAAGUAUCCAGGGGGCUGAAACGGCACGCCACUGAGGUUCGGGUUAAAAACACCAGCAUUCUGGAUACGUUCAGGAAAAGGCCCCGAUCUGAGGGCUCGUCCAAGCCAGCGAAAAACGAAGCCGAGUCUAAGAGUGUGUUUAGUGCCCGAGAUGUGAAAGACAGCGAACUAGAGGCCGAUGAGAAGCUGGAAAUGCUAGUGGAAAUCGCCUGCAAUUUGAGCAAACAUGAGAGUGACGAUGAGCCGGUUGUUGUGGACAUCGACGGGCCACAGCAGGUCGAGAGCCAACGAAGGCAAGUGCCGUUGAAGCUCAACUACAGCGCGCUGAAGGAAAAGUUUCUCAACCAUCUGGAAAAUCAACAGCAAGCCCCCGAUUCAAACACCGUGCACUUUCGUUCUGAUAUAGCGCCCGAUGCCAAUAAGGCGGCCGAAGAAGAGCUGAGCAGGCACAUAGCCAAGGAGGAUUUUGCAAAAAUGGCAAUUAUUGGGCAAUUUAACUUGGGCUUCAUCGUGACCAAGUUGCAGCAGGAUCUGUUCAUUGUUGACCAGCACGCCACUGACGAGAAGUACAACUUUGAGCAGCUGCAGCGCAACAGCGUGAUGGACAGUCAGAAGCUGGUCAAUCCGAAGCUACUGGAGCUCACGGCAGCCGCCCGAAGCACCCUCAUAGAGCACGAAGAGGUGUUCAAAAAGAACGGAUUUUCGUUUGAAACGGGCGAAAACAUCUUCCUGACUUCGAUUCCGAUUGGCGAGGGCUGCGUGCUGGGCAAGCCGGACAUUGACGAGAUGAUCUUCAUGCUUCAGGAGGACGACAGUCGGAAGACCAUGUGCAGACCGUCGCGGGUUCGCUCGGUUUUCGCAUCGCGCGCUUGUCGCAAGAGCGUGAUGAUCGGCAAGUCGCUGUCGAGGACCGAAAUGAAGAAUCUCGUCGCCCAUAUGGGCGACAUUGAACAGCCAUGGAACUGCCCCCAUGGGCGACCCACCAUGCGCCAUUUGGUCAACCUCAGUUUGCUCACGGAGCAAAUUGAGCCUGUUUAAAGGGACGGAGUAACGCGGAAACAAAUCUGUAUUAUAUAGAAAAACAAUUUAAUUUCUUUAUAAAACUCCGUGUGGCAACAAUAGGAAAUUGAACUGUUUGGAUGGAAGGAAACGUGUGGCAAAUACGCACACUUCCAGAAUACAAAGUUUGAAAAAAUUC